GACUCAAACCAGGGAUAGCCUAUGCCGAACCCUCCCCUCAGUCAUCCCCGAGUGUUUCCUGACACGUAUUUUUGCUUACAGUCCAUCACAACUGAAGAAUGGGGCUCAACUUGACACUUGCAAAAUUACCAGAUAAUGAGCUGAACAGCCAAGGGAGUCACGCACCAAGUAACAUGAGCGAUGGACCCGGAAGGAAUAUCACAGUUAACAACGAAUUUGACACUAUUGUCUUGCCUGUGCUUUACCUCAUUAUAUUUGUGGCAAGCAUCUUGCUGAAUGGUCUAGCAGUGUGGAUCUUCUUCCACAUUAGGAAUAAAACCAGCUUCAUAUUUUAUCUAAAAAACAUAGUGGUUGCUGACCUCAUAAUGACACUGACAUUUCCAUUUCGAAUAGUGCAUGAUGCAGGAUUUGGACCUUGGUACUUCAAGUUUAUCCUCUGCAGAUACACUUCAGUUUUAUUUUAUGCGAACAUGUAUACUUCCAUCGUAUUUCUUGGGCUGAUAAGCAUUGAUCGCUAUCUGAAGGUGGUGAAGCCAUUUGGGGACUCUCGAAUGUAUAGCAUAACCUUUACUAAGGUUUUAUCUAUUUGUGUUUGGGUUAUCAUGGCUGUUCUGUCCUUGCCAAACAUCAUUCUAACAAAUGGCCAACUAACCAAGGAAAAUGUUCAUGACUGCAUGAAACUUAAAAGUCCCUUGGGAGUCAAAUGGCAUGAAGCAGUCAUUUAUGUCAACAGCUGCUUAUUUGUGGCUGUGCUGGUGAUUCUAAUCGGAUGUUACAUAGCCAUAUCCAGGUACAUCCAUAAAUCCAGCAAGCAAUUCAUAAGCCAGUCAAGCCGAAAGCGGAAACAUAACCAGAGCAUAAGGGUGGUUGUGGCAGUGUUCUUCACCUGCUUUCUACCCUAUCACUUGUGCAGAAUUCCUUUUACUUUCAGUCACUUAGACAGACUUUUAGAUGAAUCUGCACACAAAAUUCUGUAUUACUGCAAAGAAAUGACACUUUUCCUAUCUGCGUGCAAUGUGUGCCUAGAUCCAAUCAUUUACUUUUUCAUGUGUAGGUCAUUUUCAAGAAGGCUAUUCAAAAAAUCCAACAUCAGAACCAGAAGCGAAAGCAUCAGGUCACUGCAAAGUGUCAGAAGAUCAGAAGUCCGCAUAUAUUAUGAUUACACAGAUGUGUAGGAGUUAAGGGGUCAGGAGGCCUACUCUUGUUUGCAGUCAAAGUGUACAGAGUGUAAAUAAAUGUUUCUUUUGAUUA